AUUUUUAUAUAGUCUGGAUAUGAGUCCUUUUGUCAGUUACAUGUAUUGUGAACAUCUACUCUGUGACUUUGUCUUUUAAUGAUGUCUUUUCAUGACUGGAAAGUCACAUACAUCUUAAUUUUAAUGUAGACAUCAAUCAUUCCUUCUAUAAUUAACUUUUGGAAAAAUGUGUAAGUAAUCUUUUCUAACCCCAGACAGAUUAAGGUACUCUCCUAUGUUAUCUAGUAAAAUCUUCAUAGUUUUACCUUUCAUAUUUAGGUCUAUAAUUCUCUUUUAAUUCAAAUCUGCAUAAAAUGUGAAGAACAGAUUUUCUUUCUUUUUUAAAAUAAAGAUACCAAUUUUUGGCUGAGUGCUGAGACCAAGGACUAAAGCUGGGAGACUGAAAAAAUGCAGACCACUGGGGCACUGUUCAUUUCUCCAGCUCAGAUCCACUGUUGCACCAGGGGUCUAAUCAGGCCUGUGUCUGCCUCCUUCUUGAAUAGUCCAGAGAAUUCAUCUAAACAGCCUUCCUACAGCAGCUCCCAACUCCAGGUGGCCAGACAGGAGUUCCAGACCACUGUUGUUGUCUCCUGGGACAUUGACACAGCAACCAAGUUUAUCGGUGCUGAGGCAGCCACAGUUGGUGUGGCUGGUUCAGUGGCUGGCAUUGGAAUUGUGUUUGGCAGCUUGAUCAUUGGCUAUGCCAGGAACCCGUCUCUCAGGCAGUAGCUCUUCUCCUAUGCCAUUCUGGGUUUUACCCUGUCUGAGGCCAUGGGGGGGCUCUUCUGUUUGAUGGUCACCUUCCACAUCCUCUUCACCGUGUGAAGCUCCAUGGGGGCCACCUGUCCAUCCCUGCUGCUACGACUCCAUGCCAUUCCUGAUGCUGGGGUCUGCUAAGCUUUUACCAUUAAACACAA